UCACAAAUUAUCGAACACUCGUAUAUACCACUAAGCGCGGGCUAAGUGGUCACGUUGUCACACAAUUCAUUAAUUCAUUAUUUUUAAUAACUUUAAGAGCACUCGGUACCGUUCGACUGUUUGUUUAAAGUGUGUUUAUAACCAGUACGCGUCACUUAAUCCAUAAAAUGCCCGACAACCGCCAGCCAUUUUUAUUCCUACGAGCAUCAGCUUGCUUUUACACAUACGCGCAAUUACAUAUGCUUACAAUUAUGCAUUACCAACAAUAUUCACCAAUUAUUUGUUUUCACAACCUAAAACUUUUUUCUCUUUUAUUUUACUUAUUUUUUACAAGUGUCACUUGAUCAGCUGGCCCGCCAGUUCCACUAAUUAAAUGUGUUUAUUUAUUUAUUAACUAGAGUAUGAAAAAUAACGCGAGUUUAGUAAGUACUUAUCAAGAUGACGUGUAGCUCUGAGAACUUCAACACAGGUGUUGCCUCGUCAACAAUGCGGUUAAUUUAUAAAAAGAACGAGAUAGUACAAAGAUGGAUCAGCUGACAGAGGGGCAAGCUGUUAUGGUUGGAGGAGCUGGCGGGACUGUUCAAGUUGUACAGAUGGGCCAGGGUGGACAAGCAAUGAUGCUUCCCCAGGCAAUUCAAGUUGCUGGACCUAAUGGACAGAUCCAAGUCCUACCAAUGUCGUCUCUGACUGGAGGAGGCCAACAAUUAGUGAUACAGCAGCAACCACAAACACCCCAGAUUAUCCAGACACCUGAUGGACAGACUUAUAUUUACCAGCCUGUUCAACUUGACAACCAAGUUCAGCAAGCUCAACAAACCGGUAACUUCAUCAUCAAUGGAAACCUGAUGCAAAUAGCGGGGACAUCGCAGGCAGCAGCUGCUGCUGCAUCUCCGUCGCCGGUCCAGCAAAUCUCGAGUCCUACAUCGGCAACUCAGGCAGGAAAUAUUGUCAUGAUGGUGCCUGGUAAUGGAGGACAAACACAAUUCCAAAGAGUAGCGUUACCCAAUGCUGAGUUUCUUGAAGAGGAACCGCUUUAUGUUAACGCUAAGCAGUACAGGAGAAUUUUAAAGCGAAGACAAGCACGGGCUAAACUUGAAGCUGAGGGAAAAAUUCCUAAAGAAAGACCUAAAUAUCUCCACGAGUCACGACAUAGACACGCGAUGAACAGGAUUCGCGGUGAAGGUGGACGUUUCCACUCUGGUCAGGUAAAAAAAAGAAAUUUAAAUUCAAAGAGAUCAAUGCCAUUGGCAACAAACACAAAUCACCAUCAUGAUAAUAUGACAUCGACAAUCAUCAUUGAAAGCGCGGGAGGCACGGCCCUUCCAGAUAUGAUCUCGGAUAGCGGGAUAGUAACAGAAGGACACUGAAUAUUUACAAUAAAAUAAAUAUUCAUGUAUAUUAUAUAAGUAAGCCAAAAAUACGGGCGGUAUUAACGAGGCGAUUUGUGAAAAUUAGGAUAAAUUAAAACUUAUGGUCUGAAUUGUUUUUAAAACAAAUAAAUUAAUGUAAAUAUGCGGUUUUCAAAGUUGUUAGGUUCUAUUUAUAUAAAAAAAAAAAAUUCGGUUUAUAACUGAGAGUAACAUUGAUAGGCACUGUGACUUUAAUGUCAAUGCAUCGUAACUUGUAAGUGUAUAUUUAAACUUUCAUUUUUAUUUUUAAUAGUUCAAAUUUUGUUCAUUUACUAGAUUAAAAUACCCCAAGGAUUGAUGCAAUUUAGUAAAUUUAAUAAUAAUAAUUAUUAUUAUUAUUAAUAAGAUUUUGGUUAAAUUAAUACAGUUUUAUUUAAACAUCGCAUCUUGCCAUGACAAGCACACUUUGUUUUGUUACUUUCUUGGUUUUUAUUUUCGUUAGAGCUACAAUUUUUUUUUUACCAAAAAUAUAUGCGAUGUUUAAGUGAUAGUAUACAUACGUACAAUGUAAAAUAAUUUUUUCUGAUAAUCAAACUAGGAUAAGAGUUCUUUAUAAAAAGUAUCUUACUAAAAGUCACUUUAAAAAAUUUUUACCAGUCUUACUUAUCACCGCUGCGUAUUCCGAGUCACCGGUACUAAAAAAAAAAAUUUAAUAAUAAGGUAAAAGCCCCAAUAGAUGAUCACGUACCAGUAAAUGA